CACCACUCCUUACUCGCAACUCAUCAUGAUUGACUAUCUUCUAGGCAGGCCAAGUCCGUCCUGGAAACGCACCCAGGUCUUUAUUGUCAUCAUCUUCUGGAUUUGGAGGUUGGUGCACGGCAGCCCCGAUGCUCCACGGAUUCUAUGGCUCAGAAGAGUCAAUAGGCGCUUGCAACGCUUCUCACCUUGGCAGAUCAUCGUUAGUACAUUGACUGCGGUGUAUGCCGCGCGAAAUUUGGACAAGAUUACUGGUUUUGGAGCGCCGGAACCUCUGGCUCGUUUGUACUCGCCCUCAUACUACCGUGCAACAUGGAUUGCGAUUGGCCUUGAUGCUGGAUUUGCUACUGCUAUUUCCAUACGCCCUAAAUGGCUCAAAGAUAUCUGCUCUAUCUUAUUCUCCGUCUAUUAUAUUAUCUACGCAAAUGAAGCUGAUGAAAAGAUCCGUAGGUUCAGAGCUGUUCCGACUGUCGAAAUGCUCAGGACUACCUGGGAGAAGACAACUAACCCAUAUCUUCGUUUAAUUGCUUUGACACCGCCAAUGUCAUUGUACAGGAAAUUUCUACUGCCGAGGCCUCCCACAUCGACAUAUAACCGGCCCUUAAAGGUGCAUGUGUAUUUUGCGCCACCUGCUCCUCAGCUCCAGCAAGCCACGGAUCUUAUACUUGACUUCCCUGGUGGUGGGUUUGUUGCAAUGUCACCGGAGCAUCACGAUGAGCGCCUGCGCUCCUGGGCGCUACGAACGGGCAAACCAGUGCUCUCCGUCGAGUACGGCAAGGCACCAGAAUAUCCAUACCCUUUUGCGAUUGAUGAAUGCUUCGAUGUUUAUCGGGCCAUUUGUAUGUCUGCUGGACGAUGCAUUGGCAUGUCUGGUAAGAAGCUCAACAUUAUAUUGACGGGGGACUCUGCGGGCGCGACGCUUGUCGUGGGCGUGAUGAUUAAGAUUUUACACUAUAACGCCGCGCUACCCGCUUCCACAGCUCAUCUUCCCGCACCGGUCGCCCUUGUCCUGAGCUAUGCAGCGCUGGACUUCAAUUUUACAUCUUGGAUGUCCCCUGAGAACCUCCAGGUCCUGCGCUCGGAGCAGUCCUCGGGCAAUCUUCCUGGCAUACACGAGCUUGCAUCGCAGAAAGACCACCUGCAACACGUCAGCCCACUGAGCAUGGUGGGGGACCUCAAACAUGGGUCUGGACGACGGAAAUUACAUAGACGCAGGAGCUGGAAAGAUGCGCUUUUGGAUUUUACAGGGGUGGACCCUGACGCCGUUAGGUCAAAGCCGGUGUCAACUCGGCAUCACUCCACCCUAGGAAUGAGGAAAAAGAGUUCCGUGGUAUCAUUUGGAACACGCGGUGGGAGAGACAGCGUGCGAACCAGCCCAGCGCGCCACGACGAUAGUGGCUUUUGGGCGAGCUCCGAAAGUGACGAGGACGAGCCUAUGAGAGAGGAGGACCGGCCACUUGAGGAUCGUGUGCGCUAUGUGUACCCUGAAUGUGUCAUCAACUCCGAGGGUGCACACUUGCAUCAGACGCUCGAGAAACAGCAGGAACAACUCUCAGCAGCUGUGGCAGAGGCUGACAGUAAAGCGUCGUCUCCCAAAGGCGAAGACAAGAAGCGCGAACCGAUUGGUACGCGGCUGACAAUGACUAGUCGCACAGGAUAUUUCCAGGACAGGGUCAUACCUCCUAGUAUGAUGCGCGCGAUGGCUAUCCUCUAUAUUGGUCCACACCAUAACCCGGAUUUUGCCACUGAUUAUUUUAUCUCGCCCAUCCUCACCCCCGCGAAACUUCUAGCGCAGUUUCCCCCGCUUCUGAUGCAAUGUGGCGAAAAGGAUCCGUUCGUCGACGAUACCGUAAUUUUUGCGGGGCGUGUACGGGAGGCCAAACGUGCGCGCAAAAUUGAGCUGGAGCUUGCACUUUCUGGGAAAAGUGCCCGUUUUGGGGAAAUGCUCCAAAUGAGCACGGCACACUUUGAGAACAACGAGGACCUGGAGAAGUUAAGGAAAGAGAGGGACCAACUUGGGAAAGAAACCGAGGACGACUGGGUGCAAAUGGUGCUGUUCUCUGACUGGAGCCACGGGUACCUUCAGAUGAUGUCCCUGAUGAGCGAGGCACGGGCUGUGGUGGAGGAUCUGGCCGACUGGAUGGACGACGCGUUUGUGAGGUACAGCGGUAAAGAAAACGGCAGCCCCAGGGUCGAGGUGAAACCUAUUGAUACUACUGGAACAAAGAAGAUCCGGUCACGGAGAAAUUCACCGCAAUCAUCGUCUAUUACGCCGAAACGCGUGAAUGGAGACGUCGGACACGGUGUACAUGGGCAGGACGGCAGUCCGAGCCCGUUCACAUCUGAAACGGAGACGGACGACUCGGGUAUCACGUUUGUGGCACGUAAGCGGCUUACUAUGACGCAGGGGAGCUCUCUCUCUGAAACGGUGUUGCAAGCUCACUUGCGUCGGGGAGAGGAGACAGCGACAGCAACGCCUCCUCAGAGCAGUACACCACGUGGAGGGAACGUGAAGAUAGGACAACGAAUCACGGAGAGUGAGUUGUUGAGGCGUAGGAGGUUGUUGGAUGCACAUAUAUUCGAAGGACAAGGUAGCUAGUCGUGUAUGUAUGAGAAUACCUUUGUGUAACCGCGUGAUGCUGGAGGGUACUUUGAUUCUAAUUACGGUACAUGGUGGGAGGACGGAGUCAAAGCUUAG